ACACGCCAUAAAUCACCUUUCUACUCCAAUUUUUAUAUGUUGAAAAUAUCUAAGUGCGUGGCCCAAACAUAAAUUAUAGUGAUAUAUAAUCGCCAUAACUCUUUAUUUCAACAACGCGUCCAAUUUUCGCAAUAUAAGCGUGUGCGGAAACAUAUUCCCAAAGUCACUAAGAAAAUGUUGAUGAUUACCGCCAUUUUGCUUUUGGUACCGUACAUUCAAUGUCACGUAGGUGUUGGGGUAAUUCAGCUAACUCCACCAAUCACAAGACUGGGAGCGUCGCUCUUCUGGGACAGCGAAAAGCAAGCCAUAUACCUCGUAGAUGUGCUAGACAGUACCGUUUAUCAACAUAUCCACGGAUCUAACGAAGUCACCUACACAAAAAUUGACUCGAAAACCAUUGGUGCAGCGAUACCAAUCAAAGGAAAAGCUGGCGAGUUUAUCGUGGCUGCCUAUCAAGACCUGCUGAGGCUCGAAUGGGAUGGUCGCAACAAUGCUGGAAAGGUAACCAAGUUAAAAAAGGACUUUGAAUUUGCACAGGACGAGCAGUUCUAUGAAGCCAAAGCUGACUCUAAGGGUAGAAUGUGGAUUGGUACGGAACGCGAAACUACCUCAAUCUCUUUAUUAACCAAGGUAAUUUGAAGGAACAUAUCAAGUGAUCAACAGAGAAAAGGACCAAUGGGUCGAAGGUGGGGGUUCACUGACACGAUCACCGUAAAUAAAGACUAUUCGGUUAAUAUUGAAAAGAAAUUGAGCAAUUUAACUUUACCGAGUGGCUUAGGUUGGUCCUUGGACAACCAAUUCAUGUACCACGUGGAUGCCCAUCGGGGACAAAUUACAAAAUACAAAUUUGACAUCGACAGUGGAAAAUUGAACGAAGGCAGGGUAUUUUUUGACCUAACCAACUAUCCUCACAUCACUGGAGAGCUGAACGCCAUAGCUGUUAAGGAUGGUGCCAUCGCAGUACCUUUAUACAAUGGAAGCGUGAUAAUAAACAUCAUCCAGGACACCGCAGAAGUAAGCCAUCUCGUACCCAGCCCGGUACCAUUGCCAACUUCCAUAGUAUUCGGCGGUCCUCACAAUAAAACGGCAUACAUUGCAUCAUCAGACUUUCGGCUUAGCGAGCUCGAGAAACGACUGAACCCUUUCGAUUCAAGGGCUGUUUUUGCCUAUUCGGGAUACAGUUUUCCGCACUCACCGUCGUACAGAAUUGUUGUCCAUUAAAAUAACAUUUUGUAUAAAAAUAAAUAUUUUAUU